CCUGCAAAGGACUCAUCAAUGCAAACCGGUUUGACGACUUCAGCCUUAAGGACACUGCUAAGUGCUUCUCGAAGUGUGCACAGUCAGGGGAUGAAUCCUGCAAUCUGGGAAACUUGCAGAGAUACUGGCUGAACUAUGAGAUCCAUCUGGUGGAGAAGAGUCUGACAGAGACAGUGAAUAUGAGUUUUUUGACGACUCUUGUCAAGAACAUCAGCACCAACAUCUCAGAAGACCUGCACUUCUCUCUGACCCCCUCUCAGGUUCCGAAGCAGGUGACAGAGGACAGGCACCAGCACCCUGACAGAGUCCGGCUGCCCAGGAGCCUUUUUGAAUCCUUGCAAGGCAGCAGGCCAGUGGUUCGGUUGGCCAUAACCAUCCUGGAUAUUGGUUCGGGGAAUGUCUUCAAGGGCCCCCGGCUCAGCCUAGAGGAUGGCAGCAGCGUGUUGAACGAUCACGUGGUGGGCCUGAGUUUGGGUCAUAUAAAUGUCACUGGCCUGGCUGAGCCUUUGGAGAUCACCUUCUCCCACAAGCACCAGCCUCCUAACAUGACCCUCAGCUGUGUAUUCUGGGACGUGACUAAAGGCUCCCUGUCCUCCUCCCCAGGGUCAUCAGGAGACUGGUCUUCCAAGGGCUGCUCCACAGACUUCGGAGUCAAUAGGACUAUCUGCCGCUGUGACCACCUGACCUUCUUCGCCCUGCUGCUGAGGCCGAUCUUGGACCAAGCCACCGUAACGGCCCUUACACGCAUUUCCCAGGCUGGCUGUGGAACCUCCAUGAUCUUCCUGGCCUUCACCAUUGUCCUCUACGCUGUCCUGAGGUUUUCCCGGCAGAGGUUCAAGUCCGAAGACAUCCCCAAGAUCCACGUGGCCUUGAGCGUAAGCUUAUUUCUCCUGAAUCUGGCCUUCUUCAUCAAUGUGGGGCAUGGCCUGAAGGGGUCCGAUGCUGCCUGUUGGGCCCGGGGGGCUGUCUUCCACUACUUCCUGCUCUGUGCCUUCACCUGGAUGGGCCUGGAAGCCUUCCACCUCUACCUGCUGGUCAUCAAGGUCUUUAACACCUACUUUGGGCACUACUUCCUGAAGCUGAGCCUCGUGGGCUGGGGCCUGCCUGCCCUCAUAGUCAUCGGCACUGGGAGUGCCAACAGCUACGGCCCCUAUGCCAUCCGCGACAAGAAGAACACCACCACCCUGGAGCUGUGCUGGUUCCGUGAGAAAACUGCCAUCUCUGCGCUCUACGUCACUGUCCACGGCUAUUUCCUCAUCACCUUCCUCUUCAGCGCCGUGGUCCUGGGCCUGGUGGCCUGGAAGAUCUUCACUGUGUCGAGUGCCACAGCGGGCAAGGAGAAGGGGCAGCACUGGAAGGGGGUCCUCACCCUGCUGGGCCUCUCAAGCCUGGUGGGUGUGACCUGGGGGCUGGCCAUCCUCACACCCCUAGGCCUGUCCACCGUCUAUGUCUUUGCAGUGUUCACUUCUCUGCAAGAGACCUCAUCUCUAGACAGUCGGAGACACGCCGGAAUGGAGGUCCUGAAGGAGAAAGUGGAGGAGGAGGAGGAGGCCGAGCGGGCCGAGAGGGGCGAGAAAAUGAUGAGGCCGAUGGAGGUGCGGAAGGAGGAAACCAUCAUGACGCGGGAGAUAGUCAGAGACCUGGAGAGGAAGCUGCUGGAGAUUGAGGUCCCCAUCCCGGAGAAGCCCUCGACUUUCACCAAGGACGCUAUUGACAUCUCCAAGCUGCCCCUUUCCUACCAAAGCAACACGCCCAAGGAGGAACACCUGCUGCAGGUGGCAGACAACUUCUCCCGCCAGUACAGCCACCUGUGCCCGGACCGCGUGCCCCUCUUCCUGCACCCAGUGAACGAGUGCAAAGUGCCUAAGUUCGUGAGCACAGCCAUCCGGCCCACACUGAUGCCCUACCCUGAGCUCUACAACUGGGACACCUGCGCCCAGUUUGUCUCAGACUUCCUGUCCUCGGUGCGCUUGCCCGACCCCCUCAAGCCGCCCCCCUACCUGUACUCCUCGACCAUGGUGCUCCAGUACCAGGAGGGGAACUGCUUUGACUUCAGCACGCUGCUCUGCUCCAUGCUCAUCGGCACCGGCUACGAUGCCUACUGCGUCUACGGCUAUGGCUCGCGGGACCUGUGCCACAUGGACCUGACUCGGGAGGUGUGCCCACUCACCAUGAAGCCCAAGGAGGUCGUCAAGGAGGAGGAAAAGGCACCACCUAAGAAGUACGCCGCCGCCGCUGAGCCGCCCAGGGGCCUGACAAGCAGGUUUGAGCAGGCGCAGGAGAUUAAAAGGCAGGAGGCGACCAAGGCCGAGGAGGACAAGCGGCUGAAGCAGGGGGAGGGGCGCCUCAUGGAGCAGGAGAGUGCAAAGACCGACCCCCUGCACGGCCUGCGGGUACACUCCUGGGUCCUGGUGUUGUCGGGGAAACGCGAGGUGCCCGAGAGCUUUUUCAUUGACCCGUUCACUGCACGCAGCUACAGCACCCAAGACGACCACUUCCUGGGAAUAGAGAGCCUCUGGAACCACAAGAACUACUGGGUCAACAUGCAGGACUGUUGGAACUGCUGCAAGGACCUGGUCUUUGACCUGGGAGACCCUGUGAGGUGGGAGUGCCUGCUCUUGGGGACCGACAAGCCUCUCCUGUCCCUGACUGAGGAGGAGGACGACGGGACGAAUGAUGACGAUGAUGUGGAAAAUCUGGGCAAGGAGGAUGAGGAUAAGAGCUUCGACAUGCCGUGCUCGUGGGUGGAGCAGAUUGAGAUCUCCCCAGAAGCGUUCGAGACCCGCUGCCCAAACGGGAAGAAGGUGAUACAGUACCAGAGGGCAAGGCUGGAGAAGUGGGCCCCGUACCUCAACAACAACGGCCUCGUGUGCCGCCUCACCACCUACGAGGACUUGGAGUGUACCAAGACUUUGGAGAUAAAGGAGUGGUUCCAGAACCGGGAGGAUAUGCUGGAGCUGAAGCACAUAAACAAGGUCACGGGCCUGAAUAUCGACUACUUCAAGCCGGGCCACCCCCAGGCUCUGCGUGUGCACUCAUACACGUCCAUGCAACCCGGGAUGGACCGCGUCAUGGAGUUUUAUGAAACGGCCCGCGUGGACGGCCUGAUCAAACGGGAGGAGACGCCCAGGACAAUGACGGAGUACUACCAAGGGCGGCCCGACUUCCUCUCCUACCGCCAUGUCAGUUUCGGGCCCCGGAUCAAGAAGUUGGCUCUGAACGGUGCAGAGUCAAACCCCCGGCCCAUGGUGAAAAUCACAGAGCGAUUCUUCCGCAACCCUGCGAAGCCUGCGGAUGAAGAUGUGGCAGAGCGCGUGUUUCUGAUCCUGGAUGAGCGCAUCCAGCUGCGCUACCACUGCCGCGAGGACCACAUCACAGCCUCCAAGCGUGAGUUCCUGUGGCGCACGAAGGGGGACAGCAAGGGCAACAAGAUCAUCAUGACGCCUGACAUGUGUCUCAGCUUUGAGGUGGAGCCCAUGGAGCACACCAAGAAGCUUCUCUACCAGUACGAGGCCAUGAUGAAGCUGAAGAACGAGGAGAAGUUGUCCAGGCGUCAGGCUUGGGAGUCAGAGCAGGAGGUGCUGGAGAUCCUGAAGCUUCGGGAGGAAGAGGAGGCCGCGCAUGCGCUGACCAUCUCUAUCUACGACACCAAGCGCAACAAGAAGAGCAAGGAGUAUCGGGAGGCCAUGGAGCGCGUGACGCACGAGGAGCACCUGUGGCAGGUGGAGGCCCAGCUGGACUACCUGGCCCCGUUUCUGGCACAGCUCCCACCAGGAGAGAAGCUGACACGCUGGCAGGCCGUGCGCCUCAAGGAUGAGUGCCUCAGUGACUUCAAGCAGCGGCUCAUUGACAAGGCCAACCUCAUCCAGGCCCGGUUUGAAAAGGAGACCCAGGAGCUGCAGAAGCAGCAGCAGUGGUAUCAGGAGAACCAGGUGACCUUGACGCCCGAGGAUGAAGACUUGUACCUGAGUUACUGCUCUCAGGCCAUGUUCCGCAUCCGCAUCCUGGAGCAGCGGCUCAAUCGGUUAGGAGACGGAGGAGCUGAGAGGACCCACUAGGAGCCUGGAGCAUUAGCUUUGUAACCCCUCACCUCCUCUCCUUCCUUCCGAUUUCAGACACAAGGAGCUGGCCCCACUGAAGUACCUGGCUCUGGAGGAAAAGCUCAACAAGGACCCA